AUGGAGGAACAAAUGGAACAUGAGAACAGCACUGCUCCUGAUUCCCCCACCGCCGCCCGGCGUGCGAGGAAGCCAAAUGGAAAGGAGCUUCGUGGCAGGAAUCGACCCAGGGCCUCGCUGGCAUGUGCGAAUUGCCGCGAACGGAAGACAAAAUGCACCAAGACAGCAGACCCAAAGACGUGCUCUUCAUGCAGCGCACUCGGUAUCCCUUGUAUCAUUAGUCAUCUUGGCGACCGCAGGAGAAUCCAGUCCAGGGAGCAGUUCACCGAACUGCAAGAACGCGUGCAUCAACUGGAGGCUUUGCUUGUACAGCAGGCUGGAGGUGGUAGAGGAGGCGAUGGUGGAUCGCCCGGCCUUGCCGUCGACCCUCAACUAGGCUCGGAUGAUGCUUCUCUUUUCCAAUCUCAGCAAGCAGAUGCUACUGAUCUACUCGGCGGCGAGUUGCUAAACCAAAACGAGCCAGACGGUGAGGAGUUACCCAUCACUGCCAAUGAUGGAGACGACCAGUCGUACCAGCAGCAGCACAACCCUAUCAUUACCCAGCAUAACGCACAACUAGACUGGUCUGUCAGUCUGGACUUCUCAGCGCCGAACAAUGCUGAAGGCAAUAUCGCCUGCAACGAGCAUGCUCAGCGUCGAGCCAGUACCACUUUUCCCGGACCGACCCAAUACAGUCCAGAGCAGGCGGGCUCAACUGAGGAUGAUAACCCAACACUGGAAUGCGAUGAGGAGAAUGGAAGACCGCGAUUCUAUGGGCCGACGAGUCAAUUACACAUUCGAUCCAAUUCCUUGCCUGUAGACCCCGAAGCAGAUUCAAGCAACUCGACCUCCGCCAACGAGCUCAAGACAGAUUCUAGUCGCGUCAAAGAGGUCCUCAUCCAAGGAUUUUGGGAGAGUCAGCCCUUGUCACAGGCCAUUAUCGAGAGAACACGAUUUGAAGACGGACGGAAGGCUGGUCUACGAUCUGAGUACUGGUCUCCCUUUCUUGAAAAUGCUCUCUUGGCUUGCGCCAGUCGUAUGAGAACCUCUCCAGAUAUAAGAGCUCUAGGGCCGAGGUAUUGCGAGCAGGCUACUUCAAAGGUCAUUGAAGAAAUGCAGAGCCCACAGAUCGCCACCAUCCAGGGCUUCUUACUUCUCAGCGACUACGAGGCCACCCGAGGGCGAGAUAGGUUGGGUUAUCUAUACUGUGGUAUGGCAACACGCAUGAUUUUCGACUUGGGCCUCCAUGGAAGCUGUUCAGCAUUGGUGGCUCAGGGACGCCUAACGCUGGCAGACAAGAUAUCUCGACAUCUGUUGUUCCUCGGUGCUUAUGUCUACGACACUCUUUGGGGGUUAUACCUGGGCCGUCCCAACAGCAUCCCAGCGAGUAUGCUGAAGGCAGCACGGUGUCGUGGCGAUGACAUGAAUUGGUCCAUCCCGAUAUCGUUGGAGACAUGGGUUGGACUAGCCUCUGAGAUUGCUGAGGCUACUGAGGUCUUGAACAACAACGCUGUGCCUUUGGCGCCGUCAGCUAUGGACCACCUCGCUGAUCUUGACGCGAGGAUAUCAACACGAUUGGAUCGACUCCCAUCCGCGCUCACAUUCGAUGCAGACCAGAUAUCCGAGCUCGCCGUGGAUGCUUACGGCCUCCAGAUCCAGCUUCGUGGAAUUCGUGUUGUCCUCCACAAACGACUCAGUCAAACUAUGACGGCCAUCAGUGCAGAAGGAGUCGCACCCGAGAAUCCUGCUCUGGCGCGGUCUCGUGCUAUCAUGCAUGAUAGCGCUGUCAUGAUCGCGCGAUUGAUCUCGACCUACCAACGGAUCUUUGGCAUCGAAAACGUCAUAACAGUUAUGCUGGACAACAUGUUCGUCGCCGCGGCCAUGCUCGUGACCUACGUGCUCAACCUCCAACGCACAGAUUCUUUGCAGUCCACAGAAAGCGAUAUCAUGUGGCUUCACUGUCUUUCUGACAUGUUCCAGAGAGCGAGAAAACACUAUCCAGUAACCGCACGCAUGCUAUCAACACUCUCCCAUCUUGUACAUGGCACGUCCAUGGCCGGAAUCUUUGGAGAGACUGCACAGACUAGACAGCUUGCGAGACAGACAGAUGGAAUUGCACCUACAAACGAUUUGCUUGGCAACUCAGAUUGGUCCAUGGGGUUUGGCUUUGGAGCAGACCGUCAAGAUGGAGAGCAGGACGCUUCAGCCUGGUUUUUGGACGGACUCGGGGAGACUACGACGGCAACUGCGGCGCCAGACAUGGAUCCAAGGAAUAUGAUGACAUGGCUAUUGAGCCCAAUGGAGCUAUGA